CAUCACUGCGCUGGUGCUCUCUCUCCGCAGGCGCUGUGCAUUAACGUUCAGUCGAGCGAUGUGUGCGAGACGCUGGCGCUGGUGUUCUGUGGCGCUGAUGUGAGCUGCGACACCGGCGACCCCGAGCUGCCCUCCCCGAUCGCUCUGGCCCAACACCACGGACAGAACCUGCAGCUGGAGCUCCUCAUGCAGAACCGCAACACAGAACUCCCGAGGUCAGAGGUGAAGGUUGCCAUAGAUAGGGUGCACUACAUGGCCCCGCCCUCCGUCACGCAUAAUGGGUUUCUAUUCAAGACCGGCUCCAUGGCUCGACCAAUCACAGAGAAGAAGGGAAAAGAAGAGUUCAGUCGGCGCUGGUGUGUGCUGAAUGACGGGAAUUUUAGCUACUAUGAAAGUGACAAAAACGCUACACCGAACGGAGGAUUGAAGAUGAAGGAGAUCGUCUGUCUGGCUGUCAGCCCUCCUGAGACUCAUGGGUACGAUCACACGUUUGAGCUGUACUCGGACGCCGAACGCUUGUAUCUGUUCGGCACUGAUAAUCCCGAGACCAUGCGCGAGUGGGUCAAAUCCAUCGCAAAGUCGUUCAUUCCUGCGGGUGCGGAGCAUCUGUUACUGAAGGACUUCGAGCGCAUCGGCCGGCUGCGUUAUAAAGACAGACUGAACCGGGAGAUGUCAAGACUGGGCUGGUUCUGUUUGGUGGGGUCCAACCUGCACAUCCGGCUGGAGGAGCACACCGCAGACGAGACCAUCGACCUGCAGAAGCUGCUGGAGCUCUCGAUCCAGCCGGAGAAUGAGGUUCUGGUUCUGGUGGAGCGAGGCAGGACGCUGUACAUCGAGGGCGAGAGGAAGCUGGACUUCCUGGGCUGGGCGGCAGCCAUCCAGAGGAAUGCUGGGAGUUCUGGAGACACACUGAGUCAGCAGCAGCUGACGGAGGCCGACAUUCCCGUGAUCGUGGAGCGCUGCAUUCAUUUCACCACUCAAUACGGUUUGACCUCAGAGGGAAUCUACCGUAAGAGUGGUGUGAACAGUAAGAUCGCCGCCCUGCUGGAGGAGUUCAGACGCGACGCCAGGUGCGUUUGGCUGAAGGAAGGUGAACAUCAGAUGGAUGACGUGUCCAACGUCCUCAAGCGCUUCUUCAGAGGCAUCGAGGAGGGAUUGUUUGGCCUGGAGGCGCACAGCUGGCUCAGCGCUACAGCUUUUUCAGACGAGAGCAGUCGGAUCUGUCAGUAUCGUCUUCUGUUCAGUAACCUUCCCCGAGUCAAUCAGGCGACACUACGAGCGCUAGUUAAUCAUUUAUACUGCGUCCAGCGGUUUGCGGAUCUCAAUCAGAUGAAUCUUCACAAUCUGGCCAUCGUGUUCGGUCCGACUCUCUUCCAGGCGGACGGGAAGGACUACAGCGCCGGCAGAGUCAUCGAGGAUCUCAUCCAACACUACGUCACUAUAUUCGAUGUGAACGAGCAGCAGCUGAAGAAGCAGUUAGAUGAGAUCACAUACAUCAUAAAGCUCAGAGACAACCUCGCGCCUAAAGCUGGAACGGGCAGUGGUGAUUUUAUUUGUACAGUUUACUUGGAGAAGAAGAAGGAAACAGCUGAACAGCAUGUGAAGAUUCCCGCCACGAUGACGGCAGCAGAACUGACCUUUGAGAUUCUGGACAGACGGAAAAUCAGCGUUAAGGAGAAAGACUACUGGUGCUGCUUUGAGGUGAACGAGAAAGAGGAAAUGGAGCGGCCGCUGCACUAUCUGGAGAAAGUGCUGCCCAUCUUUCACUCUCUGGGCACCGACAGUCACCUGCUGGUCAAGAAGCACUUCUCCAUGGAGGCCAUGCUGGUCUAUCUGGCCAGUAAAGUGGAGGUGUCCAAACACGGUAUGAUGAAGUUCAGAGAGGAGAGGAGUCUGCUGGGUUUUUGCAGUCCUUUUAUUAAUGAUUAUAAUCUUAGUAAUCUGCAAAAGCUGCAAAGCCCAGAGCUGCAGUGUAGUAAUCGUCCCGAGAGAGAGUGGCCCGUCAAGUGUCUGAAAGUCUAUCACGGCAUGAAAAAGAAGCUCCGUCCACCGACAUGUUGGGGUCUCACAGUCCUCUAUGAAAGUGAGAAACAGGAAAAGCAGGAGAGACAGCAGUGGUAUCUCUGCUGUGACACACAGAAUGAAAUGAGGGAGUGGUUUGCUACGUUCAUGAGCAUACAGAACGGAGGUCGUGUUUGGCCGGCGGAGUGGUUGAAGUCUCGUGUGGCGAGUUGCUCUGCGCCGCUGGACACUCGCUUCGGUAACGUGUCUCUGAUUCCUCUGCGCGGCAGUGAGAACGAGAUGAGGAAUAGUGUCGCCGCUUUCACAGCCGAUCCUCUCGCCCUCUUCAGAAAUGUUUGACGGAGUGAACGGUGUUCAGGAACUGAAGGUGUGUGCGGCUCACAGUCUCGUCAGCAGCCGUCGAUCGCUCCGAUCUGGAUCAGUCCAUCACCUGAGCGUCUGGAUCUUCUCACGCACUUUGACCUUCACGGAGGUGACCUUACAGCACAGGUCACUGCUCUAAUCCCUCACUCUUUCCUGAGACGCACAUUCUGGGACGUCAGACUCGAUUAACGUGGGUCACAUGAUGUUGAAGGGCGGGAUGGAUUUGUGUUUCAUGGAUUUUUUAAAUAUGUGUUCAGAAGCUGUUCACUGGACUGCGGCGUCACACGUGGGACGUUUAGUGUCUGUCUAAACACUCGUGGCGUCCGGUCGGACCAAACGGACUCACGUCUGACACACACACACACACACACGUGUUUUCUGAUUAACCUUCACACUUUACUGACUUUAUAAAUUAUUUGAGAUUCAUUCGUGUUUUAACGUCAAUCAAACGGAAACGAAUCACAUCAAGAACUUUAAAGGUCACGGAUCAGUCCAUGGUGUGUGUGUGUGAGUGUGUGUGUGUGUGACUGUGAGUGUGUGAGUGUGAGUGUGA